AUGGCCAAGAAGAACAAGCCUCAACGCGUCAGUGUCACGCGCCCCGGCACGAAAUCCAGACGUUCCCAAAUGAAUUCUCAUGAUAAAGACGGUGCACCUCCCUCGCCCCCGCCCACCAACCCUGAGACCGUACCACCUUCGGGACAUGACGAUAUUGAGGAAGAGGAUGACGACGAGGAUACAGAUGAUACCGACCAAGACUCGGACAUGCCCCUACGCCAAGACACUCAGGGUGCCGUAACAGCCCUGUCCCCACCCAAACCUAUUUUCAAUCCGCGUAUUAAAGCUGUCCCCGAGAAACUUCAGUUUUAUCUUCAGCCCAACGCGAAUUUAGAAAAAAAACCUAGUACAAUGGCUACCUUACUUGCGAUGAUACAACAUUUCUUCCCUUCGUAUAAACCCCCGAGUCGCCACUCAAAAGCAUUCUUGAUCCGUGCCUAUACUGAAAAAGUGGUCCCCAUCAUUUUGGUAUACAUCAAUUCAAUUACCGCGGAGAAGGAAGAAAGUGGAGACGUCGAGAUGGCAGGCCAAGAAAAUCUCAAUCUACUACCUCUAACGGGACUCAAUCCAUACAACUCGAAUAUCACGAUAGACAUAAUCCUCGAUUUAAUAACUAAACAAUACGGAUCAAAGCUUCAAAUCCCGGACAAAGUGAACAAAGCGUCUGCGAUUGGCUUCUAUCACAAGUAUCUCUGUCCCGCUCCCACCGGCGGUUACCCUGCGCCCUUCACAACCUAUCCCCAUCCUGUUCCAAUGCCGUACCACAAAUUGCUCAAUCGCGGUGAACUACGAUACAGCCUUCAAUGGCAUUGUCCGAACGUCUUCGUGCCUAUCAACCCUGCCAAGACGUCCCUCGAAGGAGUUUAUGCGCAAUUCCUCCACCCAACCACAAAGUUCCACCCAACCGCAAAGUUCCACCCAACCGCAAAGCUCCACCCAAUCACCAAGUUCAACCCAAACACCAAGUUAGCUCCACCCGAUCUGCAAAGCGCCACCCAAUCUGCAACGCUCAACCCUAUCUGCAUAAGCCACCCGAUCGCCAAGUCACCUGCGUCCUAUCUGGACUGCUCGUUACCAAUCACGCGACGUCAUCAACUUGAAGAUCAGGCGGCGAGUGAGGCACUGUCCUCAGUUACUAACCCCGAAAGUUCACCUGUCGACGAGGUUAAUUCAUUCGAAGACCGCGUCAAUCAAGAGCGGGGUUAUGGACGCAUCGCUGUUUCGUCAACAGCGCGUCGUUCCCCCGUUAUUGAGGAUAAUUCAUUCGCAGACCGCGUCAAUCAAGAGCCGGAUGAGGCCCUGGCUUCCGUGACACAAGCUUUGACAUUGAAUCGGAUGGUUCCCGUUCCCGUUGAGCCUUCACAAGCAGUUUAUAAUUCAGCACAAUGGUUGAUCCCUACGUUUGAAUCAACACCGCCAGCUUUCACCUAUGCAGCGUUAAUUGCCACCAUGUUUGCGAUCCUCCGACCAAACUCAAACCACACCUGUGCUUGGCUCUUGAGAAGGCAGCGCGAUCUCAUUGAACUCACCCUAACGCACCAACUCAAGACCAGUUUGUCGCAUCGUCCACUGAAAUUUACCGAAAGGAAUGAUCUUGACAAACUGCCCCGCGAUGUUCGAAGUACAGUCAAACGACUCAAGCUUGACCCUAAAAUCUUCCUGCUGAACUGUUGUUCGAGGUGCUUUGCUACGUAUCCAACUGACCGAACCCCUGAACAUUGCUUCCAUAAGGCGGAUAACCUCGUAGAAAAAAAGGUGGCAUCCGAUGAUGACCAACCUGAGCAAUCUGACGACUCCAAUAGUGACCAGGGGUCCGUCGAUCCCGGGGAAGUCAAUGAAAAUUAUGAAUUUGGGCGGAGAGACAUCCCAGCCACGGAAAUAGCGGAGAUGGACGAGGAGGCUCUCUCAGAAUCCCGCGAAUCCGAGACUUUCGACGAAGAGGACGAAUAUUCUAGCGAAGAAGACUCCGAGGACUCCGCUUCUAGCGACGAAGAAUCCGCUUCUAACGACGAAGAAUCCGCUUCUAGCGAAGAAGAUGCAGAAGAUCACAUUCAUCCUCACGCUCCAGGGGCACACCAACCCAACUCCGCCCCUCCUGGGACAUUCCGGCUUUGUGAACACAACUUCGGCAGCAAUACAGCUUCUAGUGACUUUGACUGGGAUGGAGACCCUUCGACUUUAGCUGUGUCGGAAUUGUUUCCCGAGUCCCUCCGUUCAAAGAUCAAUUCACUCAAAGAUCUCGACAAUCCCAAAGCGUACACUCCCAAGCAUUCCGUUGAUCCCAUCCAUGAACAAAAACUGAGCAGUCAAGACUCUCAAAAACUAGCCGAUUACCUCAAUGCCAAGUCACAUACUAGGAGUUGGGUCGUGGCCAAUUCAUCAGCAUUUCUUCCACAAGAACGUCACUUUUUCUACGUGGGAGGCCAAUCCAAACAACAGCAUCAUUGCUGUGGAUCCUAA